AUGCCCCAACUAAACACAGCAACAUGAUUCAUCACAAUCCUAUCAAUACUCAUCUCACUAUUCAUUAUCUUUCAAUUAAAGAUCUCAACAUACUCAUACAACCCUAACCCCCAAACACUCCCUCUAAAAUACAAAAAACAAGAGAUACCUUGAGAAAAAAAAUGAACGAAAACUUAUUUGCCUCUUUUGCCACACCAACACUAG